UAGUGAAAUGUCACACCAAUGAUCAUAACAUAAAGUUUGUCCUUGAGAAUGAAAACUGCAACAUUUCUUGUCUUGAAUUAUUGAACAAAGGUUUACAGAGAAUGCAAGGAAGAAAAAUGAUUCUCAACAUUGCUGUUUUCAUCCUUGUUGCAUGUAAUAUAAUGCAUGUAAAUGGAGAUGUCAACCUGAUAUUUGUAUUUGAUAAGUCAGCAAGUAUCAGUGUCGGAUCUUUCGAGCUGAGCAAAGAAGUAGCUAUCAAGAUAUAUGAAGGUUUGGUUGCCACUGAGGAGAACGUCUUUGCCUCUGCCCUCACAUUUGAUGUUGAGCCAAAAGUAAUGUUCACCAAAGAUGAAUAUACUACAACUUCCGACCCUGGUGUUGUUUUUGCUAUAAAUGCUAUUACCAUGGAACCUUCCAAGGAAGGUCGACGUCAGACAAAUACAAACAAGGCUUUGGAGAUGGUCGAAGAAAUGAUGGAUAAUGCGUUUGUUUAUAUCAUAUUAUUUUAUGAUGGUGUGCUCUUCCCUAGAACACCGACGAAGAGAAGAGAUGUGAUCAAAAUGGCUAAUAAAAUAGAGGAGCAGUACGAUGCUGAUAUUCUUGGGGUUAAACUCAAGAAUGAAAAUGGCAAUAAUCGUAUUGGUGCAAAUGAUUUGAAGAAAAUUUCAAGCAAAAAUCCUUCAAAGAAUGAUGUGUUCCCAAGUGAUGGUGGUAACCUGAAUGAGGGUGAAAGAAUACGAGUAAAGCGAAUCAUUAAACCAAAUAAAGACGCAUCACCCAAUGAGCAUCCAUGGAUGGUGCUUCUUUCUGAACCUGGUAUCAAAAUAUGUGGGGGCAGCAUAAUCACAGACUGCUAUGGCCUAACAGCAGCACACUGCUUUGGAAUACCACCACCUCUAGAACGGUUUACUAUUGGUGUUCAUCAGAGAGGCAGCAAAGAUGAAGACCGCCAAGAAUAUUAUUUAUGGGAUAAAUACAAAGGUGAUAAAGAAAAGAAAUUCUUCAAGUAUUACAUGCAUGAAGAUGCCAACAAAUCCACAAACUGGAUGCCUGAUCUUGCUCUUGUGCGGCUUUCUCACCCUAUUACAUUCAUCCCAAAUAAAGUUGGAGACAUACACUUAUCAAACAAAGCACUCAAAGAAAAACUUAAAGUCCAAGCAUAUAGAUGGGGGCUAGAGAAAACAUGCAAGACAGGAAAUCCACAAGAUAUUUUAAAAAAGCGAAAUGAAGACAUGGAUGAAUGUAAGGCUGUAGGUGGUCAGUGCUCAGAAACUUUUACUAAUAUACUUGGAAAGGGAGAUUCUGGGGGACCAUGGGUAUCUGCAGGAAUGGAUGAAUCUGGUGCUUUAGUAGACUGCCAAGUUGGUGUAUCGAGAUCGUGCCCUAAUGACACUAGGAGCCGUAUUAUGAAUAUAGAUUUCUUCAUUAAUAAUGGCUGGAUAAUGAAAAAGAUCAAAGAAAUUGAAGAUAUACUGAAGGACAAGGAGUUCCCCAAAUAUUGCAAUGAACAGGUUAUCAAAACAUGCUCACCAUUUAAUCCAAAUAAAACUGUUGAUCUGGUGUUUGUAUUUGAUAUGUCUGGUAGUAUCAGUAUGCAGUCGUUCAAUUUGAGCAAGGAAGUGGUUAUUAUAAUCUACAAAGAAUUAGUUGCUAAAGGGUACAGUGUCCUCGUGUCUGUUGUCACAUUUCAUGUUGAUCCCACUGUCCAGUUCUACAUGAAGAAAUACAAGCCUGGUAAAGUCCCAUCCCCAGACGUAAUUAAUGACAUAAAUAAUAUAACUAUGGACCCUUCCAAAGAUGGUCGGCAACAGUCAAAUACAGGAAAGGUGCUGAAUGUGAUAAAGAAGGAAAUGCUUGGGAAUGGAGACCGUUCGUAUGCACCAAGUUUUGUGAUAUUAUUUCACGAUGGUGUACUCUUCCCGAGAUCACUGAGAAAGAGAAGAGAUGUGAUCAAAAUAGCUAAUACCAUAGAGAAGCAGUACCAUGGUGAUAUUCUUGGGGUUAAACUCAAUAAUGAAAAUGGCUUUAAUAAUAUUGGUAAAAAAGAUCUGAAGAAAAUUGCCAGUGGAGAUCCUUCGAAGAAUGAUGUGUUCCCAAGUGCUGGUGGUAACCUGAAUGCAGAAAACAAGGAUAAAGUUGCUGAAGCAAUCGUGAACAGAACAUCUGAAAAAUAA